UCCACGAGUUCAUGAUGUUUCUUCUUCACCACAGACAAGGAUACCCUGAGGCACGGAGGUUGAAGGAAUUGUCUACGUCUGCUGGGGGAGACUACUCAUUUGGGCUUCUUUUCAAACAUCUCAUCACGGGCAUCUGACGUUGUCCAGUAGUCUCACGCACCUACGACCCGAGGUGUCCUGUAUCCACCUCAUGAUCGUCUAUCUUUGUGGCGAAGCUAAGGACAACGAUCUCUAGAGUGUACUGCCGUCUGGAUGUCUGCUGACACGUUGACCUUACCCCGAGACAUUCCUCUGGCGCUACUGUUGUUGGCCCGUGUAGUCAGUCCGACUCGGACUCAGGCUUAUAUACACGGAGUCUUUCGUGGCCCACACGAUGCACUUUGCUUCGAGUUCUAGCGAGAGUCCGGAAUCGACGUCUCGCCACCAUGUCUACUAUUGCGCCGAUCAUUGAAACAACCUUGGGCUACCAGUACAUUGGCUUCACUUUGUCGAUCGCCUGCUAUGGCAUCACGACCGUUCAGACGUAUCUAUACUAUCGUACCUACCAAGACGAUAGUCGUCCUCUCAAAGCAUUCGUCUUCGUACUGUUCUUGCUCGAUACACUCUGCUCGGCUUUUGUUACUCACGCCCUCUAUGUAAUGCUUGUCGCGAACUGGGGUAAUGUUCCCGCAUUGCACUUUUUUCCUUGGACAUUCGCAGCCGAGAACGGCCUGACCGUCUUGAUCACACUUCUAGUUCAGUGCUUCUUUGCUACACGGGUCUGGGACGUAUCAGGAAGGAAAUGGAUCCCGACUGCUAUCAUCAUAAUCACGGCUUUGGUAGCGUUCGGAUCGGGGCUUUGUUUGACAUCGAAACUCUUCAUGACGAACUACUCGACCGCAAUACAAAGCUCUUUUUUCAUGAUCACGGCCUCCCUGGACCAAGGGUUUGCAUCGCUAUGCGAUGUCAUCAUCACAGGGUCGCUAUGCUACUACUUGAAGUCUUGGCGCAGUAGCGGGACGAAGAGCACUGUGGCAGUUAUCGAUCGCCUGUUCUCUUACAUUGUCGCUCGUGGCAUAUUGACAGCAGUCAUCCAGUUCCUCCUCCUGAUCACGUUCGUUACUGUCAAAAGAAACGAAGCUUGGAUGCUUGCCCAUCUUGUCCUCAGCAAAGUAUACAUCAAUACUAUGCUCGCUACUCUAAACGGAAGACAAGCUCUUCGCGGCAAGCUUGACAACAUCGUCCUGGUUACGACGCACAAUCGUGCGCACACGCCUGGGCCCCGUCUUUCUGAGGGCCACCUAGGGAACAUGGAGUUCAGCUCGAACGACGAGAUUUCAAUCAGCACAGGCCUGCAAGGUUUUGCGAGCACUGGCAAGGAGCCGCAGGAAUCCCUGUGAUACCCACUGACUGUAUUAUUAUAGCACUGAAUGUUGAACGUUGAACACUGGCGCGAAACUAGAUAGGUUACGCUGGACUCGGAGACGUACACAGGACCGUGCAUAUACCCGAACGCGGCCUGUCACGGCCUGCAUGGCUUUCAGAGGCUCGAUGCAGACCAGCCCUCCUGGAUUAGACUUUAUUCGGCCGAGACAUAUCUGUAGGCCACGACGGUGGCCAGUUGGCGAUGGCGACCAGGAUUGAAUAUUGAAUAUUGGGCAGUGGCCACGCGUGCCUCUCGAUCGCCGGACUCGGGUUCAGCGAAAGCCUAUCUUCUGUGGCAGAGGCCUUACGGUGCAGCCUAAGCACGGAGUCGUUAGGUCC